GAUCGUGCCCACAUCCUCCACCGAUGCGGGUGCCGAUUCACUCCGGUGAGUUAGCCCAAAAUCCCCAGCGGGGUUGGACCGAUUUGGAGUGAGGGCGACGGCGCCGCCAUCCAAACCUUCCGCCUAGACCCGCCACAUCCUAGUAGCCAUGUCAGAAACCUCGGGAGAGAUCAAAUCCUUGCUGGAGUCACUCUUGACGCGGUUCGAGAAAAGCCAGAUCACCGCCGACAAGCAUGUGGAGGCACAGCUCGCCUUCAACGAGCAGGUCUCCAGCGACCUCACGCACCUUCGCCGCCAGAUGGACUUGACGCAAGCGGACAUCGAUGAGGUGCGCCAGCAGCGCAGCAACCACGACAAGCAGCAGCCGCCCGCCUCCUCUCACCAUCACCAGUUCGCGCCCAGGGAAGGCGAUCCGCAUGCGUCCUCGGCCACGCCACUAUCAGAGCACCCAAGGGGCUUCGAAGUCCAUGGGCCGGUCGCUCGCCUCGUCAACGACGGUCCACCCCUCAUUCCGCACCGCCCCGCGGUCACCAUCACCGGGGCAGGUCAGAUGUCGCCGCCAGCUUCCCCUCGCUGGAUUCCUCAAGCGCGGCCCACGGACGACUACCACGUCAAGCCCCCCAAGCACGACUUCCCUAAGUUUGACGGCACGACACCGUAUCUCUGGAUCGAUCGUUGUGAGUCCUACUUCGAGCUGUACGGGGUGCCGCAGCACAAUUGGGUGACCACGGCCUCCCUCUACAUCGAGGGGCAUGCUGCACAUUGGCUUCAAGCUUACCGUCAGGCACACAGAGCGUUGCCAUGGGAGGCGUUCUGUGAAGCGCUCAAGGAGGAAUUUGGCCCUGACGAGUUUAAGUUAGAGAUGCACAAAUUACUGCAACUCCGUCAGACAGGAACAGUGGCUGAAUACCGGCUCGCGUUCGAUGCGCAUAUGUACCACCUGCUGGCGCUCGACGCUACGCUCAGCAACAAGUUCUUCAUCACGCAGUUCCUGCUCGGUCUGAGGGACGAUCUUCGAGCGGCGGUGCGCCUUCAAGCGCCCACGAGCAUCACGCGUGCAUCCGUUCUGGCGCGCAUCCAGGAGGAGGAGACUGACACGCAUCGACCUCGAUCGCGCAUGUUCCUGGUGGGACGACCCCCAACACCACCCAUCGCGCUGCCACCACGGCCGCAGGUUGUGCCGCGACCUGCUGCUGCACCGGUCGCGGCCGCGGGUGGGGACGGUUAUGCGCGUGAGCGGCAGCUCCGAGAUCACCGCCGGGCACAUGGCCUGUGUUUCAAAUGUGGUGACCGAUACUCCAGGGAGCACCGUUGCAAGCAGGCCACGCAGCUGCUCACCAUACACAUGGGCGAGCACGGGGAAGUGCUCACCGAUGAAGCAAUUCAGGCCAUGGAACUGUUAGAUGAGCCAGGCGAUGCACCAACAGAGCAAGAGUGUUGCGUGCUCUCCACCCAAGCCGUCUCCGGCGUGGAGACUCCGCAUACGAUCCGCCUCCGUGCUCUCGUGGGUAAUCAGGUCAUGCUGCUCCUUGUCGAUUCAGGCAGUACACACAGUUCCAUCUCCGCGUCCUUUGCCGAUCGCAUUGCUGCAACAACAACGCCCUUGUCGCCAGUGGACGUGCGCGUUGCUAAUGGUGAACGACUGGUCUGCGACAGGCUUGUACCUGGUGUCAAAUGGUGGAUACAAGGGCACACCUUUUCUACAGACAUGCGCCAGCUCACGCUCGGUGCAUACGACGGCGUGCUGGGUAUGGACUGGCUGGAGAAAUUCAGCCCGAUGAGUCCAUUGGCGAAACAAGACUCUCACCUUUGAGCAUGAGGGUGCCACUGUUACGCUACAAGGUGUUCGCCACAAUGAUGUUAAGUCCCUGGAGGCAAUCGAACCAGAGCAGUUCAACAAGUGGCAAGCCGGCAACGAGAUCUGGUACAUGGCUCUUCUGGAUAGACACCCACCCCCCAGCGAGCCCGGGAACAAUUUGCCGGCCGGCAUUCAAGCAGUGCUCAGCGAGUACAAGGAUGUGUUUGGCGAACCCAAAAAAUUGCCGCCACAUCGUCAGUACGACCAUGCCAUUACACUGGUUGAGGGGGCACAACCUGCGAAUGCACGCCCCUAUCAGUACUCUCCGUUGCAAAAGGACUAAAUCAAGCGGCAAGUCAGAGAAAUGCUCGAUUCUGGUGUCAUUGAGCACAGUAUGAGUCCCUAUGCUGCUCCGGUUCUCCUAGUAAAGAAAAAGGACGGAUCAUGGCGUUUUUGUGUGGAUUAUUGAUGCCUCAAUGACAGCACAGUGAAGAAUCGGUUUCCCUUACCAAUUGUGGACGAGCUGCUGGACGAGCUCGCAGGUCUUCUUCCUCCUUGAUCUGGUGCAGCAGCAACAAUUCAAGGUCAUGGUCAUGGAGCAACAGCCAUAUAUUUUUCUUCUUAUUCUUCCCUGAGAUGAGAUGAGGCUCUGGUGGUCGGUCUUCAAUUCUUCAUGUUGUUGUUGCUGCUACAUGAGGGCCCUCUUCAAUUCCGCAUCUGUUGCGGACCCCGCAGCUUCCACCUCCAGAAGAGCACCUGCUCCUCAUGCGGUUACCUGGCCACCUGCAUCCGCAAGUGUGAAGUGUGAAUCCAUGUCCGAAGCUGUGAAGCAUAUCAGCAAAGAGUAGCAUAUUAUGUGUUGUAGUUGUAGGCAGUAGUAGGCAUAUCUGGGUUGUAAUAUUCUGUAACUAUUGUAAUAGAUUAAUGUAGUAUUGUUUUCGACCAAUUUCA